GGUGAACUCUGCUAUCUUGGGAUGUCCAAAACAAAACUCUAUGUCCUUCUGGGCUGCUUCUUCUUGUCUUCAGCGCUUGUUGGGGCACGAAGUUCCAAAACUCAUCCAGAUGAAGUGAGCGCAUUGCAAACCAUCAAGAAAAGUUUGAUUGAUCCCAAUAAAAAUUUGACUAAUUGGAAUCGAGGAGAUCCAUGCACAUCCAAUUCGACUGGAGUUGUAUGCUCUAAUACAACCCCAGAUGAUGGCUAUCUGCAUGUCACAGAAUUGCUCCUGAGUGGGAACCAAUUGACAGGUUCCUUGCCUGAUGAACUUGGCUAUCUAUCGAAUCUAGAAAUACUUCAAGUUGACGAGAAUAACAUAUCCGGACCAAUACCCACAUCAUUUGCAAACUUAAACAAAACAAUUCAUUUUCACAUGAAUAAUAAUUCAAUUAGCGGACAAAUCCCUCCGGAGCUCUCCAAAUUAGCAAACCUUAUACACUUCUUUCUUAACAAUAACAAUUUAUCAGGGUAUCUUCCAGAAGAGCUUGCCCAAAUGCCGAAUUUAACCAUCCUUCAACUUGACAAUAACAACUUUGACGGGGCUACUAUUCCAAGAUCAUUUGGAAACAUACCUACAUUAUUGAAGUUGAGUCUCAGGAACUGCAACUUGCAAGGAUCAAUCCCUGACCUAAGUGGAAUACCUAACCUUGGUUAUUUGGAGCUGAGCUCAAACAAGCUAAGUGGACCCUUACCUACAAAUAAACUCUUUGAGAAUAUCACAACCAUGGAUUUGGAGAACAAUUUGCUUGUCAAUAUUUCUGGAAGUUCUUACCUCCCUCCAAAUGUCACUCUCUGGCUUAAGGGGAAUCCUAUAUGCUCCAGUGGAAGUUUUGUUCAGUUCUGUAAAUCUCAAACUAAGAAUGAAAUUAGAAUAAGCACUGCAACAAACUCCACCACCGCUGAGUGUAAACCUCAAUCAUGCCCUUAUGAGUAUUCCCCAACAUCUCCUUUAAAUUGCUUUUGUGCCGAGCCUUUGCUAAUAGGAUUUCGGUUGAAAAGUCCUGGCUUUUCAGAUUUUAUUCCAUAUAAAAAGAUGUUUGAGGAGUACCUAACUCAAAGUCUCAGCUUGUCUAUUUAUCAACUCUACAUCUAUUCAUUUGCAUGGCUAGAAGGAUCACAAGUGGAAAUGUACUUAAAGCUCUAUCCUAUUUACGAUAACACUACCAACAAUCAUUUAUUCAAUCCAAGUGAUGUUCGACAAAUUAGGAGCAUGUUCACUGGAGUGAGAAUCCCUCUUAGUGGCAUAUUUGGAUGUUACGAACUUAUAAACUUCACUUUUCCGGAUGUCUUUAAGGAUGAAUCCAGCCCCUCUUUAUCGACAGGCGUAAGUAAAGGUGCAUUGGCUAGCAUUAUACUGGGGACCUUUGCUGGUGCAGUUACAUUAUCUGCAAUCAUUUCACUUAUUAUAUUCAGAAGGCGCCUGAGGGGCUACCAUGCAGUUUUAAAACGACGUCAGUCAUCUAGAGCCUUGUUAAAAAUUGAUGGUGUCAAGAGUUUCACAUAUGGAGAACUGGUUUUGGCAACAAACAAUUUUGAUAUCUUCACUCAAAUUGGCCAAGGUGGAUACGGAAAGGUUUAUAGAGGCACUCUAGCUGAUGGCACGAUUGUUGCCAUAAAGCGUGCACAACAAGGGUCAUUACAGGGUGAAAAGGAGUUCCUAACUGAAAUACAGUUGUUGUCAAGGUUACAUCAUAGAAACCUUGUCUCUUUGGUUGGUUAUUGUGAUCAAGAAGGUGAACAGAUGUUGGUGUAUGAAUAUAUGUCUAAUGGCACUUUGCAAGAUCAUCUUUCAGGAAAGAUUAAAGAACCUUUGAGUUUCACAAGGAGGUUAAGAAUUGCUCUUGGUUCAUCCAAAGGAAUCCUCUACCUUCACACAGAAGUUGAUCCUCCUAUAUUUCAUCGGGAUAUCAAGGCCAGCAAUAUAUUAUUGGAUUCUAAAUUGGUCGCAAAGGUUGCCGACUUUGGGCUUUCACGACUUGCUCCAGUGCCAGGUAUUGAAGGUGCAGCGCCUGCUUAUGUGUCUACUAUUGUAAAGGGGACUCCAGUAAGUGUUUUACUUGACUAAAAUUAAAUCAGAAACUUCUUUUUUCUUGUAAUAAAAUUAGAAGCUUCUA